AAGAAGAGAAAAAGAAGUGGCAAGAAGAAGAGAAAGAGUAAGAAGAAGAAGAUGAUAAUGAUAAAGAAAAGGAAGAAGAAAAUGAAGAGUAGGAGGAGGAUGAUGAAGCAGAAAGAGGAGGAGGAAUAACAGGAGAAGAUAAGCCGAGGGAGAGGAACUAAGAAAAGACUAGUAGCAAAAAAUGACUAACAAAGAUAAAGACGCAUUCUACUGUUGGGAGUGUAGCUCCAAACAUGGUAACUGUUCCCAAGAUUCCUUGCACGGUGCAAUCAAAGUUCACUGCGGAAACGGCUACGAUUACUGCGCCGUGUAUCGAACAAUCUUAUCUGACGAAACCCCUGGUGUCUUCACGCGAGCCUGUACAACAUCCUGUAACAUGCCACACGUCACCUGGGUAACGAAGACCAAUAAUACAAGGGUAAAACAUUGUUUAAAGUGCUGUAACAGUGAAUAUCAAUGUAAUGGUUUACUGGGAGACCCGUGCAGCGAUACGAACAAGGUACAAGACAGCUUUCAAAUAGUAUUUGGCUGUUUAUUACUACUGUGGAAUCUGAUUGGAUGAAAGAGUGGAUUCUAUAAAUCUUCCAUAAACUGUGUCAUUCAUUUGCUGACGGAUGGACCCAAGUUCGCAAUAGUCCCCUUCACAGUUCCCUGCGCCAUCUUAAAAGGUAGCCUUGCCUUUGCAUUGAAGCGAGAUGAACAGUGA